GUCACUAACACAAAAAAGCUAUUUUUUUUUUUUUUUUUCACUGUCUCUAUCUAUCUCUGCUUUUCAUUCCUUUAUAUCAGUUUCCUCACCUUCUCAAUUUUUGGAAGAGUCAGAGAGAGAAAACUGAACCCUCUGUUAUUCAGCUGAAAAGUCACACCAACAAUUUAUUUGGGAAAGUGAUUAUCACAGAAUCUGAGGGUUUUUAUAGGUAAAACUUCAGGUUUAGCAAUGAAGAAGGUUUCCAAGACCAGCUGCAAGUCUGCAUCACACAGGCUCUUUAAGGACAAGGCGAAGAACCGUGUUGAUGACCUGCAGCUGAUUUUUCUGAGCUUGCAGUUUGCCAGGAAGGAGAGCCGUUCAGUUGAUGCUGUAGUCCUUGAGGAACAAGUCCAUCAGAUGCUUCGUGAGUGGAAGGCUGAGCUCAAUGAGCCUUCACCUGCUUCUUCUUUGCAGCAAGGUGGCAGUCUUGGGUCAUUCUCCACUGAUAUUUGUCGGCUAUUGCAUCUCUGUGAGGAGGAAGAUGAUGCCUCUAGUCCAUUAGCUGCACCCAAGCCUGAACCUAAUGAUCAUGCUAUGCAGGCUGGGGGUAAGGCCAUAUUCCAAGAGGGCCAACAGCAACAUGAUUUCCCAUUGGUUGAUGAGUGCAAACAAUCCACGUCAGGAGUUCAAAGUGUGGCGGCUAACAACCCAGAUGGGCCUGCUUUAGGAUAUCAUCAGUUUGAUUUGCAUCAGGACUUCAAUCACAGCUUUUAUACUAGUUUUAAUGCUACAGGUUAUUCUGAGGAGGAUGCUAUUCCUCAUAUAUCUAGCUAUCUACCAAGUAUCUGUCCUCCUCCUUCUGCUUUCUUAGGUCCAAAAUGUGCACUUUGGGACUGUCCAAGACCUGCGCAAGGGAUGGACUGGUGUCAAGACUAUUGCAGUAGCUUUCAUGCUGCUCUAGCUUUGAAUGAAGGGCCACCAGGCAUGACCCCAGUUCUACGGCCUGGGGGCAUCGGUUUGAAGGAUAAUUUGCUUUUUGCUGCUCUUAGUGCAAAGGCACAAGGAAAAGAUGUUGGCAUCCCAGAAUGUGAGGGAGCAGCAACUGCAAAGUCUCCGUGGAAUGCACCUGAGCUCUUUGAUCUUUCUGUUCUUGAGGGUGAGACUAUUAGGGAGUGGCUCUUCUUUGAUAAGCCUCGAAGAGCAUUUGAGAGUGGAAACAGGAAGCAGAGGUCAUUGCCAGAUUAUAGUGGACGUGGUUGGCAUGAAUCUAGAAAGCAAGUGAUGAAUGAGUUUGGAGGGCUGAAGAGAUCCUAUUAUAUGGAUCCGCAACCACUGAACCAUUUUGAGUGGCACCUUUAUGAAUAUGAGAUUAGCAAGUGUGAUGCAUGUGCCUUAUACCGAUUGGAACUGAAGCUUGUUGAUGGGAAGAAGAACUCGAAGGCAAAGGUAACAAAUGAUUCAGUUGCUGAUCUGCAGAAGCAGAUGGGAAGGCUCUCAGCUGAGUUUCCGCCUGAUAACAAAAGGCCUGCCAAAGGCAGAGCCAAACUUAAUGCCAAAGUUGGCAUGGGUGGUGUCUAUUCAGCUUCACAAAGAGUGACUCCACUAAAUGGAACAUACGAGUAUGGGUUAGCUGCACCUUAUGACUAUAUUGUUGAAAACAUGGGCGACUAUUAUGGGACAUGAUCUAUCUUGGAGCUGCAUUCAACUGGGUUAUACAUUAUUCUGUGCUGGGUUUUUGUUUUAUCCUCUUUUUUCUGAUUUGGCUUUUUCAGUCUUUCUCUUAAGUAACAAGAAUCCAAGGUCAUUUUUUGCCUUGUCGAGAUAUUGUGAAUAGCUCAUUCUCACUGGAGUGCGGCAUUAGAAGCUCUGCUGGAUGCUGAAUUCUAACUUUGAACUUAACAGCAAAAAUGGCUGUAUAUCCGUAUGAUUAGCAAUUUGGUGAUUGCUAGAAUCUAAUUAGCAUCACCGGAAUUGACACUGUUUAGGCACAAACUUGCUGUGAUUCAGCUGACUUUAUUUCCCAAAUCAUGCUAAUGUAAGUCAUUUAUACUAUUUUAUGGUAUUAACUGCGGGACAAACCUUCGAAGGUACAUAAUAUUGGCUGUGUAAUAAAAUGUAUCAGUCCUCUUUUGAGUAAUUUUUCUAUAAAUCAAGAAAGGAAUCUUUGAAAUUCA